AUGGCUCUCAACUGGACAAGGUUCAUCAACCCCGAAGCCCCAGACGUUCAUUCAAAAUACAUUCCCACCAAAGCUCCAAUCUUCAAAUCACCAUACGGUCGCUUUCCCAAAAUCGAUGCAGACCUCAACGUACACGACUUCUGUUUCCCUCCAGAUCAGCCACUCCCUCCCGACUACGACCUCUUCAUCAACGCCGUCACAGACGAAAGAGUGACUCUUCACCAAUUCCACCAGCGAGUGUAUUCCCUCGCUCGAGUCCUACGACACGAUGGCGCGAACCCAUUGGGUCUUACCAAGUCACCAAAGGACGAUACCGAGGAGGGUGAGAUUCUAGGACUCUUCUCGCGUAAUAACAUCCAUUACCCAAUGCUUGCGCAUGCUUGCUUCAGAGCUGAACUUGUUUUUGGUGGGAUUAGUCCAGGGUCGACAUCGUAUGAGCUGUGGCAUGUAUUGAGGAAGAUGCAGAUUACUUCUUUCGUGUGUAAUGAGGCCCUUCUGCCGGUUUUGCGUGAGGCGUUGAAGCUUGGGAGGGGUCCUUCUGGUCAGUUGCAGCUUGUGCUUGAUCCGAGGAAGAUUAUUGUGUUGUGGGAUGAUUCUUCGCUGGACGAGGUGCAAGGCUAUCGAACGGUAGAAUCCUUGGUGCGACUGGGCGCGACCUUGCCAGAACCGCAGAGGAAGCUUGUUGGAGGUGAUAAAUUGUGUUAUCUCUUUCAAUCAUCUGGCACGUCUGGCCUUCCGAAAGCGAUGAUGAUUUCCCACAAAAACGCCAUUCACAGUGGAUUACAAGGUAUGAUCACUGGAGUAAGGACUGCCCAGUUCGCUGGCGUAGAACCACUUACCCGUCAAACUCUCCUCGGCAUUGUCCCAGCCUACCACUCGUACGGCAUGAUUCUCUGGAUCCUCCGAGUCAACCUCCAGCCCGCCACGAACAUCAUGAUGCCAAAGUGGGAUAUCGAGCUAGCACUGAAAUCAAUCCAGAAAUACAAAAUCACUAUGCUACCCCUCGUCCCACCUAUCGUGCGUCAACUGGCCCUCUCCCCUUUAACCAAGAAGUACGAUCUCUCAUCCGUGACCACUUGCGCAAGCGGCGCCGCCUACCUCCCACCAGACGUGGCAUACCAGCUAGCAGAAAAACUCCCGAACAAGACGCCAAUACCGUCCGGGUACGGACUAUCCGAAGCAGCAUCGAUCGCCUCCCCCCCAGCAGCAGGAAUGUUCGGUCUCAGCGCUUCCGAACCCGGCACAAUCGGCUUUCUCCUCCCAGGCAUGGAGGGACGUGUAGUCGACCCAGAUACCCUACAAGACGUCCCGAAAGGUCAGCAAGGCGAGCUCUGGGCACGCGGCAACGUCGUUUGUAUGGGGUACUUCCACGACCGAGAAGCCACUGCGGAAUUAUUCGCUGAGCCGGGAUGGUUGCGGACUGGAGAUCUGGUCAUUCGUGACGCUGAUGAUAGAAUCCAUUACCUCGACCGGUUGAAAGAAAUGAUUAAAGUCAAAGGACUGCAGGUCGCUGCCACAGAGGUAGAGGAUACACUUCUCAACCACCCCGAACACCUAGUCAUAGAUGCAUGCGUUGCAGGCGUCGAUAACGGCAGGGGAGAUGGAAGCCUCUUCCCGCGUGCGUGGGUUGUCCUCAGCCAUGAAGGGAAACGACAGGGUGAAGCUGCUGUUACUGAGAAAUUGAACGCACAUGUCGGCGAGCGCCUGAGUAAACACAAGCAAUUAGCUGGUGGUAUUGAGUUUGUCGAUUCGGUAAGUCCUGCUCUGUCGCCUGGUGAUUCCAAGAACACCUUCAGGGAAAAUGUUGCGGAGAGAGAUGAGGGAUAG